CGCGAGGCAGGGAGACGGAAUCCGCCGCCCGCCAGUAGCGGCAUGAGCACGCGGGGCAGCGAGACCGGGGCAGCUGUCCACGACUCAGCGGGGGCAGCGGGCGACGGGCAGAGGGGACCCGGCCCCACCCGGGCCGGAGCGGAGCGGAGCGGCUCCGCUGCCCACGCGACGCCGGCGCCGCGAUAGGGUCUCGCGGCGGACGGACGGUUACGCAGCUGCAGCUACAGCAGCAUCAGCUACAGCAGCAGUUACAGCAGUAGCAGCAGCAAUUACAGCAGUAGCAGCAGCAGCAGCUACAGCAGCAGCAGCUACAGCAGCAGAAGCUACAGCUGGCGUGGAACAACAGCAGCAGGAGAAGCAUUAGCAACAGCAGCAGCAGGAGGAGGAGGAACAGCAAGACCAACAGGUGUAGCAGCAGCAACAGCAGUAGCAGCAGCGGGCCCAUCGUGAGAAGCCACAUUAGCCACAGGAGCAGUGGCUGGAGGAAGAGCAGCAACAGCAGAAAUAGCAAGCGCAUGAUCAACAGCUGCUGCUACAUCAGCAGCAGCAGCAAUAGCAAGUGCGUGAUCAACAACUGCUACAUCAGCAGCAGCAGCAAUAGCAAGCGCGUGAUCAACAGCUGCUGCUACAUCAGCAGCAGCAGUAAGGGGAGAGGGACAGCAUCAUCAGCAACAGCAGAUUCGGAAACGACAUCGUCAAUAGCAGCAGCAGGCGCAAAAAAGCAACCAGAGCAAUAGCAUAAUCAGCAUCAUCAGCAGCGGUAUCAGCAUCAGUAUUACCAUCAUUCUAAUCAGCAGCAGCAACAACAGUAUCAUCAGCAGCUACAGCCGGUAGGCGCACGUAACCAACGCCUGCACUAGCAUCAUCACUGGCAUAAUUGCCAUCAUAACCAAUAUCAUCAUCAGCGUCAGCAGUAUCAAAAUCAGGAGCAACAACAGUAUCAUCAUCAGCAGGCAGGCAGGCACAGCUAACCAACUCCAGCAAUAGCAUCAUCAUCAGGAUCAUCAUCAUCAGCAUCGUCAUCAUCAGCAUCAUCAGCAGGAUGCUGCAGGGCGAGGCGCCGUCCCCCGGCGCUCCGGCCACGCUGGACAUCGUCUCGGCGUCCCCGUGCCUCGCCAAGGUGGAGCUGCGCGUGUCUCUGCGUGGCCUGCACGACCGCGACGCCCUCUCCCGCACCAACCCCUGCGUGGCGCUGCUCAUGCAGUCGUGCGCCCAGUGGAUGGAGGUGGAGCGCACGGAGGUGAUGAAGAGCACCUUGAGUCCCGUCUUCUCCAAGGUCUUCACAGUCGACUACUACUUCGAGGAAGUGCAGAAGCUGCGCUUCGAGGUCUACGACGUGAACGGCGGCUCGAGGCUCGGCUCCCGCGAGGAGGACUUCCUGGGCGCCACGGAGUGCACCCUGGGGCAGAUCGUGUCGCAGAGAAGGAUCACGAAGGGACUGACGCAGAAGCACGGCAAGCCCGCGGGCAAAUCCGCGAUCACGGUGAUCGCGGACGAGCUGACGGGGAACAACGACUUCGUGGAGCUCUCGUUCCACGCGAGGAAACUCGACGACAAGGACUUCUUCAGCAAGUCGGACCCCUUCCUGGAGAUUUACCGCCUCAACGACGACGGCUCCCAGCAGCUAGUGCACCGGACCGAGGUGAUUAUGGACAACCUGAACCCCGUGUGGGACCCCUUUAAGGUGUCCAUCCAGGCGCUGUGCUGCUGCGACUACGAGAGGCAACUCAAGUGCAUGGUGUGGGACUGGGACUCGAACGGGAAGCACGACUUCAUCGGGGAGCUGUGCACCACCUUCCACGAGAUGCUGGGCGCGCAGGACGGGCGGCAGGUGCAGUGGGACUGCAUCAACCCCAAGUACAAAGCGAAGAAGCGACGCUACAAGAACUCGGGCGUGCUCAUCCUGUCGCACUGCAAGAUCAUUAAGAUCUACUCCUUCCUGGAGUACAUCAUGGGGGGCUGCCAGAUUCAGUUUACGGUGGCGAUCGACUUCACGGCCUCGAACGGGGACCCGCAGAACAGCUGUUCGCUGCACUAUAUCCACCCCUACCAGCCCAACGAGUACCUCAAGGCUCUGGUGGCCGUGGGAGAGAUUUGCCAGGAUUACGACAGUGACAAGAUGUUCCCGGCGUUUGGUUUUGGUGCAAGGAUCCCCCCAGAAUUCACCGUAUCACACGACUUCCCACUCAACAUGGACCCAGACAACCCGGAGUGUGCAGGUGAGUGUGCAGGCAUCCAGGGAGUGGUGGAGGCCUACCAGAACUGCCUGCCCAAGCUGCAGCUGUACGGCCCAACCAACAUCGCGCCCAUCAUCGCCAAGGUGGCCAAGGUGGCGGCCGAGGAGGAGAUCACGGGGCAGGCGUCGCAAUUCUUCAUCCUGCUCAUCCUGACGGACGGCGUGGUGACGGACAUGGGCGACACGCGCGAGGCCAUCGUGCGCGCCUCGCGGCUGCCCAUGUCCAUCAUCAUCGUGGGCGUGGGCAACGCCGACUUCACCGACAUGCACAUGCUCGACGGCGACGACGGCGUGCUGCGCUCGCCCCGCGGGGAGCCCACGGCCAGGGACAUCGUGCAGUUCGUGCCCUUCCGUGACUUCAAGAGCGCGUCCCCGGAGGCGCUGGCCAAGUGCGUGCUGGCCGAGGUGCCCAAGCAGGUGGUGGAGUACUACAGCACCAAGAGCCUCGUGCCACGCGCACUGGCCAACGAGAUGCAGCUCACCGGUUCCUCGCCUCUCAAACUAUAGCCUCACCACCCUCACACCCGGCCCCCCUCCCCCCCCCCCCAUGCAUGAUCA